AAUGAGGAAGAAGAAAAAGAAAAAGAGAGGGUGAAGGAAGAGAAGAGAAGAGGAAGAUCAGCCCCCCCUAAAUCCUAAUUCUAGAUUCGCCACUGCUGCCACCACCUGUCAUGCCCCAUGCCGGCCACCGCAGCAACACCGCGCCGUCGCCGCCCCAAGAAGUUUCUCUACAAGCCGAAGCCCCCGCCGGAGCCGCACCCCUUCCUCCUCCGCCUCAAGUCCCUCCCUUCCCCGAUCGCCGCCGCGGCCGCGCUCCUCUCCGCGCCGCGGCACCUCCACGACUACCCUUUCGCCGCGUGCGUGCUCUACCGCCUCGCGCGCGCGCGCCUCUUCCCGCUCGUCCUGCCGCUCCUCGCAUCGCUCCGGUCCCUCCGCGUCCCACUGCAGCCCACCGCCUUCGCCGCCCUCAUCGAACACCUCGGCGCCGCGUCCCGCCCGGACGCCGCACUCCUCGUCUUCCGCGCCGUCCCGGCCUUCUGCUCCCACUCCAACACCACGUUCCACGCCCUCCUCCACUCCCUCGUCUGCAACGGCCGCGUCGACGCCGCGCGGGACAUGCUCCCGCAGGCCCCUAAGCUCGGCGUCCGGACCAACGCCGUGUCCUACAACAUCAUCCUCAAUGGAGUCUGCCACCGGGACGGCUUCUCGGGCGCCCGCGCGGUGCUCGAGGAAAUGCUCGCCCGCGGCGUGCGGCCGACGGUGGUGACGUUCAACACGCUGGUGGGCUCGGCGUGCCGCGAAGGGGAAUUGGCCGCGGCGGAGCGGCUCGUGGACGAGAUGGCACGCAGGGGCGUCACCCCGAACGCCGUCACUUACGCCCUGUUGAUGCAGGGGCUCUGCGAUGUCGGGCGGUACGACGAGGCCAAGAAGCUGAUGUUCGACAUGGAGUACCGGGACUGCCAGCCCGAGGCGGCGAACUACGGCGUGCUUAUGAGCGCGUGCGUGUUGCGCGGCGACGCCGAGGGCGUCAAGCGACUCAUCUCCAACAUGCGCAAGCGGAAGCUGAAGCCCGACGACGCGAGCUACAACGUCCUGAUCUGGUGCCUGUGCGACGCCGGCAGGGUCGACGAGGCGCACAGGGCGCUGGUCGAGAUGCAGCUCAAGGACGGCGCCGUGCCGAGCGCAGCCACAUACCGCGUCCUCCUCGACGGCUGCUGCGAAGCGCGCAACUUCGAGCUGGGCCUGCGGGUUUUCAACGCGAUGCUGGCGAGCGGCCAUUGUCCGCUGGCGCGCGCGUUCCGGCACCUGGUGAGAGGGCUCGGCGAGGACGGGAAGGGGGAGGAGGCAUGCUUCGUCUUGGAACAGAUGGCGCUGAGGGGGCUGCGGCUGGAUGCAGAAGGGUGACAGUCCGUUGCUGCAUGUGUUUGCAGCAGCAGCACAAGUGAGAUGAAGCUCAUCGACGACUUGGUGUCAUCAGCUUGAUACAUAGUUCGAGUGAUAAUUUUCAGAUAGCAAGAUGUAUCAAAAAUUCUUCUUUUUCUGUUUAUGUUUCUUGUUUUGCAGUAGUAUUAGCUGAGCCUCCACUGAUGACUUUUUUUUUCUUCUUCUCGCACAUGGAAAAUAUAUAAUUCAUGUAAUGGAUCAUUGCACCUUUUUACGCCAGUUGGAACGGGAAAUUUUGUUAAUUACCAAA